AUGAGUUCUUGCCAUUUAGCAAAUGGUGGUCGACCUGCGAAAUCAGGAAAAACCAAUCGUAUUAAUGGUCCUAUUCAAGAUUCAGUCUCUGGGCUCUAUGCACAGAAAUUUCUUGUACUUUUGAUUCCAAUAUAUGAUGGCACUAUUACCGACGUGAAUGAUCCUUAUGUUCCCAGAACCCGCAACCACUUACGAUUAUCAUCAAACAUCUUUGCGGAAAAUAUCACCACUCUCCAGGAAUAUAAUCUCACAUUUGAUAUUACUUUUUCUAUUGCUGAACUUAAUCGCCCAGUUGUGGAUCAACUGUACAGCCAUCUCGCAGCCCACAUCAAUGCGAAUAAUAUGCAAAUGCAGCCUUGGUGCCUUUCUCCACUUCCUGCUCAGCUUCCUGCUCUCACAUUAAUGCCAUUCACGGUUCUUCAUCCUGAAAAGUCAAAUCCAAGCUUAGGUGCUGUUAUCAAAGAUGCUCAAAUCCAGCAAUACGACAUUACUCUUGAAACGCUGAAUAAACUCGCAUGCUUACCUGCUCUCGCUAAUUCUGAAGACAGGACACCAAUAAUCCUUAUUGGCACAAAAUAUCGCCUCAAUGGAUUACUUGGGGAUGGCCAAGUGCAUUCCUGCUUCACAUACCACGUCCUUUACGAUCUCCAAACACCUCUCCAGACACUGUUUGGUCAACAUAGUAAUGAUGAUAGGCCAUGUCCAGAAUGCCAUUUAGACUGUCCUCAUCCUCCUGCUGCAUUGACCAGCGAUAAUGAUGAUUCCGCUGAUGAUAUAACUAAUAACACCUCGACAUCCACUAAUGAUAUCAUGACAUCAUCCAAUGAACUCUCCAACGAAACCAACUCAGUAGUAACCACUACUGCUGCUACUACGUCAUCCAAUGAACUCUCUAAUGAAACCAACAUAGUAGGAACCACCACUGCUACUGAUAAUCACACGUUAUCUUGGGAGCAGAGUAUGCUGCAGUUAUAG